GAUUUUUUCAUUUGAAUGCUGGCAGUUGGCUGACUCGGUAACGCUCUACACAAGAUGGGAAAGAUCGCUUUAGGACUUCUAGUGUUGGUUAAGAUCGCAGUGUCAAUUCCUAUUACAGACAUCGAUAAUGCAUACUUAGGGUGUUUUAAAGAUGAAAAGGACAGAGAUCUUCCUUACAAGGCGUACGAAUCGAACGAAAACAAUACUCCAAACUUGUGUAUUGGAACGUGUUUUGAAGCAGGGUAUAUGUAUGCUGGGCUUGUCUAUGGACACAAGUGUUUUUGCGGCAAUUCUUACGGAAGAUAUGGCUCGGUAGCAGAGACAGAGUGCAAAAUGGAAUGCCGCGGUGACCGGACACAGAUUUGUGGCGAUUAUUUACGCUUGAGUAUUUACAAAACAUCUUUGGCCACCACGGCUGCACCAACACCAACACAAGCAGAAGAAAAUGCCUGUGGAUUCACAAUGAGUAGCGCCGUAAGCAUUCCAUAUGCGAGAGGCACGCGUACAUUUGGAAGAGUGAAAAUGGAGGUAUUUUAUGUAGACGCGAACUAUGUCCCAGAUUAUACAGCCUUCCUUGAAUGUUGUCCCAAUGGGCCGAUUUCAGUAGUUGCUGACGUGAGCGCCUUUAACUGCGACUCCUACUUGGACACCAGAUCCCCCGAUCUCAGCAUUGCGCAUGGUAAACCGUCAAAAGCUGCAAAUCUCUGCAGAACACAAGAAAUGACAGUACAAGCGCCAGUUUGGAAUGUGGUAACAGUGCGACCGCUUGACGAAAAUGUGCCCGUGACUCCUUGGUCCAUUAGAUUUGAAUGCGCUGCAGAAUAGGCAGUCCAUGGGCAUUGAAGAAAAUACCAAAUACGUCUGCAAAAUAUAGAAAAACAUUAUUUUAGCGUGCAGUCUCAUCUGCGCUGCUAAAAUCGUUCAAAAACAUUUUCUUCGAAAAUAUUUUAC